CAGAAUGUAUGAUAGAAGAGAGUCAUUAGAAGUCACCUCUCCAGAAAAAUGAGAAUGUAUGAUAGAAGAGAGUCACCUCUCCAGAAGAAUGAGUAUGUAUGAUAGAAGAGAGUCACCUCUCCAGAAGAAUGAGAAUGUAUGAUAGAAGAGAGGCAUUAGAAGUCACUUCUCCAGAAGCUGCUUAAUGAGAAGGGUGUAAAACUAUUAAGACAGUCAUCAAAGUGGUGGAUGCAUCAUCUCCAGACCAGGACUACUUGACAAGGUUGAAGAUGCAAGAAGAGGUUUCUCCUUCCUCUGGGUACAGUCUACUGCUCUCGGUGCUGUGUGCCCUGGUGGCCAUCUAUAUCUUUAAGUGGCUCCAGCUUUGGAUCCUACCCAGAUGGCUUGAGGCACAUCACCCCCCUGGCCCCUUUCCAUGGCCCAUCAUAGGCAAUGCCCUGCAGUUGGGCAGCUCUCCUCACUUGGCAUUUGUACAACUAGCCAAAAAGUAUGGGGAGGUUUUCCAGAUCAAGUUGGGGAGUCAAAAAGUGGUGGUCCUGAAUGGAGACAAGGUGAUCCGACAUGCUCUACUGCAAAAAGGAGCAGACUUUGCCGGUCGACCAGAUUUUGCCUCCUUCAAGGUUGUGUCGGGGGGCAGAAGCCUGGCAUUUGGGCUCUACAAUGAGAGGUGGAAGGCUCAUCGCAAAAUUGCCCAGUCCACGGUAAGAGCCUUCUCCACUUUGAACGUGGACACCAAGAGAAGAUUGGGGCAACAUGUCCUGAAUGAGACCCAUGACUUGAUCCGACUCUUUUCUGCCCUGGGAGAGGAAGGCAAAUACUUUACCCCUGGAAGACACCUUGGGGUGGCAGUGGCUAAUGUCAUGUGUGCAGUCUGCUUUGGCAAGCGCUAUAGCCACCAGGACUUAGAGUUCCAAGCUCUGGUAAGCAACAAUGACAAGUUCAGCAGGACCGUGGGGGCGGGGAGCCUGGUAGACGUGAUGCCCUGGCUCCAGCGCUUCCCUAACCCAGUCAGGACUGUAUUCAGUGACUUCCAGCAGGUCAAUGGAGAAUUCUACAACUUUGUUUAUAGAAACUUUACAAGGCAUCUCAAGACAGCAGUGUGGGGAGUCAACAGAGACUUACUGGAUGCCUUCAUCCACAUCUUGGGAGAAGUCAAUGGGAAAAGUAUUGUCACAAGCCAAGACCCAAUAGAAAAGAAAAAGGAGGUGAAGAAUGGUUAUACAGGGCUUCAUCUGCUAGAGACUGAGCACAUCCCAGCCACAGUGUGCGAUAUAUUUGGUGCCAGCCAAGACACCCUGUCUACUGCCCUGCUCUGGCUCGUUUUCUACCUUAUCAGGUACCCAGAAAUUCAGAAGAAGAUGCAACAAGAAGUGGAUAAGGUCAUCGGAAGAGAUCGCUUGCCCUGUGUAGACGAUCAGUCCAGUUUGCCGUAUAUCAUGGCGUUUCUUCAUGAAUUAAUGCGCUUUAGUAGCUUUGUUCCUGUCACCAUUCCUCAUGCAACCACACAGGACACAAACCUCAUGGGUUACAAUAUUCCCAAAAACACUGUGGUAUUUGUCAACCAGUGGUCAGUCAAUCAUGAUUCACUGAAGUGGUCAAACCCAGAAGAAUUUGACCCAUCAAGAUUCCUGGAUGAUUUGGGAUUUCUCAAUAAAGACAUGGUGAGCAAGGUGAUGAUCUUCUCCGUCGGUAAGAGAAGAUGUAUAGGAGAAGAGCUAUCAAAGAUGCAGCUGUUUCUCUUUGCAUCCAUCUUUGCUCAUCAAUGUACAUUUACUGCUAAUCCAGGAGAAAGUCUGAACCUGCAAUGUGAAUAUGGAUUGAGCAUCAAACCGAAGCCAUUUAGCCUCAGGAUGAGCCUCCGGGAUGGUAAUAUGGACUUACUUAAUAGUACAGUCCAAAAAUUGAUGACAGAAGAGUAAAAUGAUAGCGAUGUCCAUCAGACAUGGGAUUUAUUAUUACUGGGAACAACAUGCUGCAUUGACACUUAUAUUUCUGAUUCCUUUCCAGAACAGUAGUGGACGUGUUUAACUAUACACAACAUAUAUCUUAACAAUGUUACAGCAAUGCCAUAGAUCUUCCUAUCAUUACACAUAAGGUUAGGUUUCUACACAAGUUUUUUUCUGGCGUUUUUUUGUAAAAAUGCCACUGUGGUUUUUGAGCCAAAGUCAAAAGUGGAUCCAGUAAGAAGAAGUGUAAGUCUUUCCUUUUUUAGAUUUUCUUUUCCUCUUGAAUAUACUUCUGGCUUUGGCUAAAAAAAACUGCAUUGGCAGAUAUCCAAAAAAAAAAAGGCCAGAAAAAACCUGUGUGUAAACCUACUGUAAUGAUGAUUUCUGGUUACCAGAAGCCCCGCCCCCUCAUCGCGGCUGGCAUGCCUCCUCCCAUAGACUUGCAUUGAGGGAGUGGGGCGUGACACCAUGAGGGGACGGGGCUAUGACGUCACUGGCUCCUGGCGCUGGCUCUAAGCAUUCAGAACAUUUUGUUCCAAAAGCUGAGCAACGGAGUACCCCUUUUAAGUUCUCUUUAUGUUCGUAUGUCUUGAAACUAGCAACUUCUGCCUGUAACAAAUAUUAAGAGUCAGAGUUUGUUCUUACUGGAACAUGUCAAAAGUCUGUUGUAUUCAAGAGUAUUUAAAAUUGUUACUUACUAUUCCCAUCCAGACAGUUUAGUUUCGACUUUUGCAAAACAAUUUAGACACACGCUUAAAAAAACCUCAAAACUAAACAGAUUUGUUAUUGAUAAUAUGCUGGGGGGGUUUCAAAAUCUAAAAGUGGUCAGAAACAUUCAACAGAACUGUGAAGGUAGGGCAAAUUACUUUGGGUUUGUUUGUUUAUUUGGCAUUAUAUCAGUAAAUCUGGUGAGAAAACCCCAGUUGAAUAAAACCUAAAUAGGGAAGAAACAUACGUAAAUCUUGGGCUUGGCCAAUAUUAGGCAGUCAGUUCUUUAGGGGGUUCUUGGCAUGUACUCUUGUUUUACCCAUUUCCAUUAUAGUUGUUGCAAAAUGUAUGAUCAUAACCAGAGUUGGGCUCCGUUUCUUUGGGGCUUAAAGAGUACCUGCCACCAAGUAAAGAGGGAUUAGGUUCUUUUUGAGUUAAUCCUUUGUAAAGUCUGUGUUGUGACCACAAGAGAAAAUAAAAUCCGGCACUGCCACUGUGCGUCCUA